CGAAGGAUAUACCUCCUGGCGGCCUUCGAUGAUAAGCCAAACCUCGAUGUCCUCAACAACUUAGAGAGAGAAACAGGCGGAAAGAGAGAGAAAGAGCUUGUUCAUCUUAAUCCUAUGCUGCUUUCCUCCAAUUCUCAUGGAAUCGAAUCCCCAAACAUCAGCUAGUAGUCCUCCACCAAAACCAUGGGAGCGUGCAGGAUCCUCAUCUGGCCCAGCACCUUUUAGACCCCCAUCAGCUGGCAACACAAGUGAUGUAGUUGAGGCUUCAGGGACUGCAAAACCUGGGGAAAUAGUUUCUAGUUCUGACAGGACUGCAGCUGUUAACAGGAAUUCUCUUGGGAGACCAGUUCCCACAAGGCCUUGGGAGCAGAACUACGGAAACAACACCUAUGGAGGUUAUGGUUCUACAGUGAAUAAUUCUGGCUACGGGUCUGGAAUGUAUGGAUCUUCUUAUGGUGGAUUAGGAGGGACGUAUGGUGGAGGAAUGUAUGGUAACAGUUUGUACAGGGGAGGAUAUGGCGGGCUUUAUGGAUCAUCUGGUGGAAUGUAUGGAAGUGGGAUGUAUGGAGGUGGGAUGUAUGGAGGUGGGAUGUAUAACAGUGGCUUUGGUGGCCCAAUGGGUGGUUAUGGCAUGGGCGGCCCUUUUGGAGGUCAAGAUCCCAAUGAUCCAUAUGGUGCUCCUCCAUCUCCACCAGGAUUUUGGAUUUCUGUUCUUCGUGUGAUGCAAGGUGUGGUUAAUUUCUUUGGUCGGAUAUCAAUCCUCAUAGACCAGAACACGCAGGCUUUCCAUAUGUUCAUGACCGCUCUUCUUCAGCUUUUUGAUCGCUCUGGGAUGUUAUAUGGAGAGCUAGCAAGAUUUGUGUUGAGACUGCUUGGGAUUAAAUCAAAGCCUAGGAAGGUGAACCCACCUCCACAUGGUCCAAAUGGACUUGCUCUGCCAGGACCAUCAAAUCCCCAUGAAAACCUCAAUAGCAUUGAGGGACCUAAGGCUGCUCCAAAUGCUUCUUGGGACAACGUUUGGGAGAAUGACCCCACUAAAUGAUCUCUCCUCAAAUUGGUUUUGCUUACAUCCGAUGGCAGUCCUAUAGAAGCAACACAACCGUUCAAAGGGGAUGAUGACUUCAUGUACUUUUGAGAUUUGAGUUGUAUGUUUUGCUGGGGUAAUGCUUUUUUGUUAGCAUAGAUGUCGUGAAAGAUGUAUAAGGAGUGCCGUUGAAACGGGAAUAUAGUGUAUCAAUCAAGAAAUUUAUAAGCAUGUUUUCCUGAUAGCA